CCUUCCUAGUGCACUUUAUCUACACUACGAAGCCAUUCGUAAUUCAGCCACUGGUUACGAGCCUCCAGACCACUGUUUUCAGUAGUGGGAUGCUAUAUUACAGGAUGUGAUGCGAAAUUAUUUUGUCUUAAAUAGAUAUGUUUUGCUAAAUCUAGAAAAUGUCAACAGCUGCGUCAUUUAAACCGGAAGCAGUUUGUGGAGGUCGCGAUGGGAGGUAAAGUUAGCACUGGCAACAUGGCCGCCGCCAGUCGGGUCGUGCAGGUUGUGCGACCUCAUGCGCCACUUAUCAAAUUUCCAAAUCGGCAGGGCAUGCCCAAGCCAAAUGUACAAGAAGCAAUUAAGCUGCUUAUUGCUAACGCACCACACAUACCUGCACCUGCAUCUGCAGCAGCACCUGCAGCAGUACAGUCUGCUACACCACCUCCCAAACCCGCAGCACACGUGAGUCGACUCCCUGGCACACCGGACAACAUCGCUAUCGUUAAAGAGCUUCCACAGAGAUACCGACGACAAGCCCUCACACUCGAGGAGAUGGACUACAUUCAGCGCGGCGGCCCUGAGUGAAGGACCGUCGUUAAAUCCUGCCAGUGCCGAUAGCUGUGGAGAAGCUUUUCAUUGAGGCUGGUAUUCUACUCUUCAGAAGGGUUUCACUCUUCAGAAAGAGUCAUUGCUCAAAUGUAUAUAAGAGAAAUUCUGAAAUCUAAUUAUUCAGUGUAUCCUCGGUCAUUUCUCCCUGGUCCAGCUGCAGUCGUAUGUUCGCAGUGUGGACUUUUUGACAGCGAGUCAGUACUUUCCAGGUGCUCUGUAUUAAACCAGCUUGUUAUCAAUAUUACAUUAUCGUAGUUGGAUCAUUUCACUACUUCACAUCAGAGCCAGGCUGCUCAGUUCACACUGCACUCGUGCACUUUCUUCAGCUCUUACACAUCACGUCAGUGUGCUAGUUUGGAAAUCAGUUGUCAUCCUGUGCUCUGUGAACUGUGUGUAAUUCUGGGUGAUUAAAUUUAUAUUCAUUUAAA